AUGGCAGACGAACUAUUUACCAAAAAAUUACCGGUAGUAUUCAAGUGCCCGGACCGUGAGGAUAGGCGCAUGUAUGUGCAGUUGAGGAUGGAACUGCAGACAGUAUCUUCACCUUUACAUAAAAAGGAGCUUGUGGUAAAAAUGACAGAUGACAAGGACUUGUUCUUUUUGUAUACACUGCGUAUUGGGGAAGAGGAUUUCCAAAGCUUAAAAACACAACAAGGCCUUUUGGUGGAUUUUGCGGCAUUCCCUCAGAAAUUUAUUGACCUUUUAGAUAUGUGUUUACGAGAGGAACACAAAGAAAUGCCAAAAUUCGUGUUACACUUUGUGUCUCAAAGUUCUGUUAGUGGUGACAGAACUAUGUCUGUGUUGAAUGUGAUAGAGACCAAUCCGUUUAAGCAUCUUACCCAUCUUAGUCUCAAGUUUUUCCCGGGAACUGAUUCUGACGUGAAGAAGUACUUAGCGGAUUGCCUGAAGCAGCUGAGGGAUACUAAUGCAUUGUUACAACAAAGAUUAGAGCACACAGAUGCUGACCUGAACCACAAGUUACAGCAAACACAGGAGACUCUCACAUCCAAGUCAGUGGAGCUGGAGCAUUUGAAGGCUGAGUGGACAGCCAAACUAACUGACCAGGCAGCGAGACACAAACAUGAGAUAGCAACAGAGAAAGAAAAGACUCUACAGAUGCAAAGCAGUUACCAACAGAAACAGGAAAGGGAUCGUAAAGAUAUGGAACAAGCUCACAUGAAAAUUGUUAAACAAAUGGAAUCAAAGUUAUAUGACCUGGAAGGUUCCAAUAAGGACUUGUUAGACCGAAAGUAUAAAUCCGAGUCCAGUAUUCGGGAAAUGAAAUCCAAGUUAUCAUUAUUGGAGGAAGAACAUUUACGAGCUAAACAAGAGCUACAGAGUUUGAGGAAACAGAACACAUCCCUUGAUGGCGAGUACCAUGAACAAGAGAAAGUCAUUAAUCAGCUCAGUACCCGUGUUGCGGUCCUGGAACAGGAAGUCAAAGAUAAAGAGCAAGUUAUAGCAAGAUCGUCAGAUUUGUUAGGGUCUGAACAGGACCAGAAGAGAAAAUUCGAAGAUGAGGUGGACUUCAAAAGUAAAGAUAUUUACAAAUUAGAAAACAAAGUGCGAGCUAUGUCAGAAGAACUGAUGAAAGGCAAUGAGAUCAUUAAGAAAUUACAAGGAGAGAUUAAAAAUUAUCAUGCAAAGAUAAAACUGAGGAAUCAGAUUGCCACAGAACAAGAAAAAUUACUGGGCGAGAAGGAUCAGGAGCUGGAGCGAUUAAGACAAGAUCUGGCCUCUACUAAGGACAAUCUCAAACAAAAAACAGAAGAGAAUGAAAAGUUGAAUGAGAAUCUCAAGGGAACAAUGGAAAAAUUAGAAGAAAGUCGUCAACUCCUGAAAACAAAUGAAAAUGUGAUACAGUGGUUGAAUAAACAGAUUAACGAGACACAAGUGAACCACCAGAGGGCAGGCAUGUUUGAGAUGCCAGGUGCUACUACCAACUUUAGGCCUUCCUCAGCUAUGCAUAAUUACAGUACAUCAAGUUACGGGUCCCAGGGAUCACAUCCUGAGAGUCAUAGUGUAGGGGUUGCUAUGCCAAGGUCAUACCCAAAUCCUCACAGACACCAACAGGUACAAUACAACCCAGGAAACCCCAGGAAAACUGGAUUGCCCCAACCCUUACCAAGUAAAGGGAAGAUAGCACCUGUUCCCAUCCCUGAGGAGAUCAGACCACAUCACUCUCCAGGAUCAGGAGGCUCAGGCGGAGACAAGGAAAAUGAUCCUCCUUUAGAUCCAAAGUACCUUCAGAAGCGCGAUGAUGUUAUUCCUUUACGAGGUCUUGUUCAGCACUCCGGAUCUCCACCUCCCAUACAGUCUAGUAUCUUACCUCCAAACAAUACUGUACGACUCAGCCAGCAGGGCAUAGUGCCUAGGACUACACAGCCACCACUAGCCUCAGCUUACUUUCCUGGCCAGAAGAUGUCAUGA